AUGAAUUCCGAAAUUAGUGAAUUACGUGAACAAGUGGAAGUUCCUAAUGCUAUCAAAGUUGUCAAUGUUAAAGAAUCACAUAAACUAAUGAAAGUUUCUAAUACUGUCGAAGUUAAAGAAUCACAUGAACAAGAAGUUCCUAAUGCUAUCGAAGUUUCCAAUGUCAAAGAAUCACAUGAACAAGUAGAAACUUCUAAUGUUGUUAAAGUUAAAGAAUCACAUGAACAAGAAGUUCCUAAUGCUGUCGAAGUUGCCAAAGUUGAAGGAUCACAUGAACAAGUGGAAGUUUCCAAUGUUAAAGAAUCACAUGAACAAGUAGUUGAUGUUACCACACCUCUACAUACUACUGACGUUAAAGAAUCGCAUGAACUAGUUACCAUUGUAGAAUCACAAGUACAAGUUUCCAUUGUAGAAUCACAAGAACAAGUUGAUAAUUCUGCCGCUACUGAAGAAUCACAUAAACAAGUAGUGGAUAUUGAAAGUAUUGAUAAUCAUAAUGUUGAUAAUAAACCCAAAAAUAAAUUUAUUAUUUGUGUUGGUGUUCCUGGAUCAGGUAAAACAACAUUUGCUAAAAAUCUUUGCAAAAUUUAUCCUGAAACAUGGUGUAGAAUUAAUCAAGAUGACUUGGGAAAUCGUCGAGCAUGUGAAGAUUUGGUUAAAAAAAAGUUAAAGGAGGGUAAAAAUGUAAUAGUAGAUAGAGUCAAUUUUGAUAAAAAUCAAAGAAAAACUUGGAUAGAAAUAGCAUGGAAUUUCGAUGUACCAGUUGAUGCUAUUAUUAUGGAUACUUCCAUGGAGGAAUGUUCAGCACGUAUAAACGCUAGAAUAAACCAUCCAACAGAAGUUCAAGGUAAAAAAGGUAUUGAAAUUCUUAACAGAUUUAGAGGAUGGAUGAAAUUACCUGAACAUAGAGAAGGUAUUGAAAAAAUUAUUAAAAUAAAACCUCAACCUACUGUCGAUUCUUAUAAUAAACAAGUUAUCGACGAAAUAUUGAUGGAAUUAGAAAAUGCGACAGAAGUGAAACAUGAUAGAAGUGCGAAUGUGAAUAAAUUAGAAAUUCGUGCUAAUGUACUUUGGAAUAUAGUAAUAACAUAA